CCGAGGGUGUGGGAUCAAUUAUACACAAACACAAAAACCCUAAUAUUUGAAUCUCUCACAAACACCAUCAUUCCCAAUUUGGUUCACACCUUCAGGCGCCGCUUUUCUGCCCUUCACCUUGCGAUUCGAUUAAUUCGUUGAGUUCAGACUUCAAAGCAGCAAUGGCCGGAGAAGCGGGAAUGUUUACCGUACAACAAACCGUAGGCAGUGUCUUGUGCUGCAAAUGUGGCAUUCUGAUGGCCCCAAACGCCGCCAAUAUGUGCGUCAAAUGUCUACGUUCCGAAGUGGACAUAACCGAGGGUCUACAAAAGCACGUCAUCAUUAUUCACUGCCCAGAGUGCGAUUGCUACUUGCAACCACCGAGAACCUGGCUUAAAGCCCAAGUAGAAUCGAAAGAACUCUUAACUUUCUGCGUUAAGAGAUUAAAAAACCUGAACAAAGUACGGCUCAUUCAUGCAGAGUUCAUCUGGACCGAACCUCAUUCCAAGCGAAUUAAAGUCAAGCUCCGGGUUCAAAAGGAGGUUCUUAACGGAGCUGUUCUCGAGCAAGCGUAUAUGGUCGAGUACGUGGUUCACGAUCAAAUGUGCGAGUCGUGUUCUCGAGUCCAAGCCAACCCGGAUCAAUGGGUGGCUGCGGUUCAACUACGACAACACGUGUCUCACAGACGUACCUUCUUUUAUCUAGAACAACUUAUUCUCAAACAUGAUGCUGCUGUUAGAGCCAUUAGAAUCAAACAGAUGGAUCGCGGUAUUGAUUUCUUUUUUGCUAACCGUAGUCACGCGGUUAAGUUUGUGGAGUUUAUUCAGAAGGUUGUCCCGGUUAAGAGCCGCAAUGACAAGCAACUUGUGUCUCAGGAUACGAAAAGCAACAACUACAAUUACAAGUACACGUUUUCCGUCGAAAUUUGCCCGAUUUGUCGUGAGGAUCUAGUCUGUCUCCCGCCGAAACUCGCUACUAGUUUGGGAAACCUCGGCCCGCUUGUUAUCUGCACGAAAAUCAGCAACAGUAUCGCUUUACUUGACCCGUUAACUCUCAGACAUUGUUUUCUCGAUGCCGAGCAAUACUGGAGGGCGUCGUUUACUUCUCUUCUUUCCUCUAAACAGCUUGUGGAAUACGUUGUAUUGGAUGUCGAUCCCAUUUCGUCUGAAGUCAACGUUGGUGGGUCAAAGUACGUGAUGGCUGAUGCACAGGUGGCGCGUGUGUCUGAUUUCGGGAAGAACGAUACCAUGUUUAUGGUAAGGACUCAUCUAGGACAUCUGUUAAACGCGGGUGAUUAUGCUCUCGGUUAUGAUUUGCAUGCUGCUAACAGUAACGACAUGGAGAUAGACAAGUAUAAAGGUCUUGUGAUGCCGGAGGUUAUUUUAGUCAAGAAAAGUUACGAGGAAACGAGGCAAAAGAAGCGUGGAAAGCCUCGUGCUUGGAAGCUUAAGUCUCUUCCGAUUGAGGUUGAUGCGAGCGACACACGAGGUAGAGCAGACGAAGAAAAGAUGAACAAGGAGUAUGAACAGUUCUUGAGGGAUCUUGAAGAGCAACCCGAGUUGAGAUUUAAUAUAUCGUUGUAUCGAAACAAAGAGUAUCAGCCGUCGGAAAUGGCAUCUGUGACAGAUGGUGAGGAUGCGCCUUCUGUGCCGUUGGAAGAGCUUUUGGAUGAUCUUAAAUUAAGCGAUGAAGAAGGUGACGACGAAGGUCUUGAUGAUGGAGGUAUGCAGGAAUAAUCAAUUUUUAAUGAACCAUCCAAAUGUUUUGUUGCUUUAUUUUAGUGUUUGGUAUUUAUUGUGAAAUUUAUAAAAGUUUUGAGAUGAUGUUUGGAAUUUAUAAUAUUAUUAUUGUUUAUUUUGUUGGUUUAA